GCUAAAGUUGGUUAGCAAACAACACCAAAGGAAGAAGACGGAAGACCGGAGAAGGGUCCGAACGAGAAGAGAGAGUUUAAAGAGCAGAAGUGAAAGCAAACGAGACGAAAUUUCUUGCUUUCAUUUGACGGUAAACGGUCUCGCGCAAUGGGUCGGAUUUUUCUGGAUCACAUCGGAGGCACGAGACUCUUCUCUUGUGCAAACUGCGACACGAUUUUAACCAACCGGUCAGAGCUGAUAUCCACGCGCUUCACCGGCGCAACCGGACGAGCAUUUCUCUUUAACAAGGUGGUGAACCUGCAGUACAGUGAAGUCCAGGACAGGGUCAUGCUGACGGGACGACACAUGGUGCGUGAUGUCAGCUGUAAAAACUGCAACAGUAAACUGGGCUGGAUCUAUGAGUUCGCCACAGAGGAAAGCCAGCGCUAUAAAGAGGGCCGCGUGAUACUGGAGAGAGCGCUGGUCCGAGAGAGCGAAGGAUUCGAGGAACACGUGCCGUCAGAUGCUUCCUGAGUCACGUGACAUCACAGCCCCUCAUCCGUGUGAAUGACGCAUCCAGCUUUUUGCUCUAGUCUUAAAGACACCGGGAAUGACCCCGUGACCCUCUCAGAUGAGUGAGGUGACGUGAAAAGAUUCAGAGCUGCUGUUUCUGUCACCUGUCACACAGGUUACACACGUACAGACGCAGGACACAUGCCGAGAGCUCACUGCAGUAUUUCAGCUGUUCUCACAGGUGCAGUGUUUUAAAGUAGAAGACCACCAUCAUCAUUCGGUCAUCUGUUAAUGAUAUUGCACAUGAUAUCUUUUUCAAAUUAUUAUUUGGUUUAAAGUGUUUUACUUUUGUUGAAGCUGUAUUCAUUUGAUCUCGAUAAGUCUGUUUGUCACGUCAGUAUUGCUGUGACAUUUAUUAAAAAUAAAACGUGUUUUCAAUCCA